UCCUCGUGAUCUACAAAUGUUGUGGAUGUCAGCUGUGAUAAAACUGUUUGUGUGAAAAGACAGUCUUGCUUUCAGGAAAUUCAACGGAGAUGGCAACAUCAAAUGAUGACUGUUUUUACUUCUAUACUUCCACAUGUACAAAGGGAAACAACUGUGCAUAUCGACAUUGUGAAGCUGCCCGGCAGAGCACUGUGACCUGUGUGUACUGGAAACAAAAUAAAUGUAAUUCUAAAGAAUGUCCAUAUCGUCAUUCAGAGAGGAUUAAACCAAUCAUGCAAAACAAAGCAGAGCUACCAUGUUAUUUUGAGACUGUGGCCAGUGGCUGUACCAGACAGCUUUGCCCUUUUAAACAUACGAAGCCGAGACCUCAGAAAGCAUUGAAGGCGAGUGGCAGUAGCGCCAACAUCAUCACUCUAGUUGAUGCUACACAGGACGAAAGUACUGACCAGCCCACACCAGGAACCCUUGCAGAGCCCCAAUCCCUGGAAGGACCUGUCAUUGAUCCCAUUAUAGUUAACCCUGGAGAAGAUUCUGAUUUUGACAGUCCUUACAAUUCACCAGUUAAAAGUGUUGUGCAAAAAUCAAAGUCAGUUUCAAACAUUAUUGAUGUAGUUAGUAGAAAAGAUCUGACAUUUCAAGAAACCGAGAAGAAAAAUGAUUCAGCUUUGUUGGAUCCAGUGAAGAAAGUUCUGUCUCCGUCAUCACAUCAACCUUCUGGUAAAACCUCACCUCUGCUCAAGACUUCUCCAGGAACAAUUAAGUCUCUUCCUCAGAAUAGUAAUGCAAUUUCAUCUUCUCUUUCGUCAAAAUCUGUAGUAAAAGUUAAAAAGACUUCACCGAUAUUACCAAAAUCUAAUAAAAAAAUUGGACAGUUAUCUGCCAAAACUUUAAAGUCAGAAUCUCGACCAUCAACAGCACCUCACAACAAACAAUUAGUGAAAAAAGCAGGGACACCCCAACAGAAACGUGCUAGGAAAGCAUUAGCUUCAGCUAAGGAACGAUCUAAACAUACUGUGUCACAGACAGCAGAUACUGAUGAGGGAGACCAGCAGGCAGCGAAGAAACAGGCUGUUUCUGUUGAACCAAAAGUUAUAUCAUUAAAGAAAAAACCACCAGAAAAAGAAGAAGAAGUGAAAACAACAGAUGAAGAGAAUUCAGAUGAAGACCUGGGGAUAAAGAGCUUGGAGCAGACAUUAAGGGAGAGAGCACUCAGGUCCAUGGGGAUCAUUGAACUGAAGAGUGGUCGGAUUGUGAGAACUAAAGAUCAGCCUGUGAAAAAAGAAGAACCUGUUAAAAGACGGAAACAUUCCACUGAUGAAGAGAGAAAAAAAAUUGACAAGUCAGAGAAAAACUCCAGUGAGAAGUUAUCUGUGCAUAAGCGAAUAGGUACUGCAAAACAUACGCCAUCGCCAGGGAGGAAGAGAAGCACCGAGGAACGAAACUCUCAAGUUCGUAACAAGGAGAGGGAGGAAAGGAUCAAACGUCUCAAACUGGAGCAGGAAAGAGAGAAUAAACGCAGGCAAAUCAUGGCAGCUAAGAGAAAGGCACGAGCUGAAAAAGCUUUAGAAGCUGUGAAAAAGAGGAAAACGAAGGGAGAAUUACCUAGUGAGGAGGAAAACUCAAAGAGCGAGGAAAUGCCUGAAGAUGAGGAGAGUGGAUCAGAAGGAGGCAGUGAGCAUGUUAAGGAAGAAGUUGAAGAGGAAGAUCUUGGAGAGGAGGUGGAUAUUGAGUUAGCAGAAGGUGAAUUGGAGGAAUCAGAGGAAGAAGAAGAUGAAGAGGAACCAUUGAAAGUGGUCGUAGAUACCAGGAGAGCGAUAAGAAAAUCAGACUCAGUUGAAAAUUUUACGAUAAAAAAGACUGUUCCUGUUCAGCCAGUUAAAGCAAAAGUCGUUCAGGAAGUCACAAUCAAGAAAACAUUUGUUGUUGAACCAAAAGAAGAGAAAGAAAAAUCCAAGCGUAAGAGAAGAGUUAUACUCGAGGACGAUGAUCCAGCCCCAGUACCAGUAUUUCCUAGCAGAAGCAAUAUCAGACCCAAAGAGGUGAAAGAGAUUGAGGAUGUGAAGAAACCAAAACUUGAGAAGAAACAGGAUAACAUGCCAGAACCUGUUGUCAAGCCUGUGAUUAAGCCAGUGAUUAAGCCAGUGAUUAAGCCAGUGGUCAAGCCAGUGGUCAAGCCAGUGGUCAGUGCUCCUAAGGUCAAAACUACUAAUGUAUGGAGUAGAAGGGCUUGGGACAGUAAACCAAAGGAAUCUGGGGAUAGUGGAAACUCUCGUCCUAGCCUCGGUGGUAUACGUAGCCGAUUGGGAUUAUCUGCGGGGACUCCUGGUGGUGCUGCAGGAGACCAGGAAACUAAGAGCUCCGAUGCAGAACCAAAGAUCAGAAGACGACUUGGCUGGAGAAAGACACCAGUUGUCUCAGCUGAGGAUGACACUGACUCAGAUUCUACAACAGCAAAGAAGGCUGUGAGCCUAGCAGCAAUCAGGACAAGAGUUGGUCCCAAACCAGAUAGCGAUGAAGAUUUGACCUCCGUCCAAUCUGAGCCCAAGACAGAAAUUUCUGCUGCUAUCAAAAGAUACAGGCAGCCAGUACAGAUAUACGUGCCACCAGCAAAGAAACGACCUUCUAUACCAGAUGGUGAGGAACCUUCUAAGAAAAGAUUUGCUGAAGAAAACAUGUUGGGAUUAAAAGACCAGAAAAAGUCCAAAGAAAUGAAAACAUUUGCUCAGAUAAUGGCAGAGAAACGAGAACGACAGAAAAAAUUAGUAGAGGAACAAAAGAACACUUCAUCAUCAGUGGAUGGCUCUCCAAGCAAAAAGACGUACAGCCCUGUGAAAUUUGCCAUUAGUGAAAGUGAUCUGGCAGACAACUCAACCAAAUUAGGUUUACUGGGAGAAUCGCCAUUGUCAGUGUCUGUGUCCGAUUCAGUUCUACCACCAAGGAUAUCAUCAACAUCAUCCUCGGGACAUUUGCCAGUUUCAUCAUCAUUUUCAGAUUCUAUAGUUACUUCAUCCAACUCACAAAGCUGGUCAUUUACUGAAAAGGACCAAACAAAUCCCUCGAUCUCUACUCCUGUUACUAGAAGUGACAAUUUAGGUAACAGACAACCCGUACUUGACAAUCAAUACACAAAGAUGGAGGAUAACUUACCUCAGACAUCCACAUAUAAAGUUGCACCUGCCAUUGCUGUGUCGGAAAUAAGCUCCACACAAGACUUAGAUGGAGCAGGUGACCAUUCUGUUGGUGUUUCAGAACACAAGGACCAAAAUUAUUCUGAAAAACUACCUGAUGAUAAAAAGGAAUCAGUUGUAUCCAUCAGCAGUAACAUCGGUCAAGAAGAAACGAUAGUAACACCUGCCAAAAGGACAUCACAUAACGACAGUUGGUUAGACAUAGACAUCGGGGACCUGGACGAAGAUAUCUCCGAAGACGAAACAAACGAUGACGACCUACUCAGGGAAAUUGAUGAACUCCUGGCAUAAAAACAAACUAAAACAACUUUGAUUGAUCUCAAUGGAAGCUCUAGCAGAAGAGGACAAAAAAAGGACUAAAAAUUCAUAAAAUUCUCAAGGAUAGCAUGCAUUUUAAAGUGGAUGUGGUUAGUCCAUGAUCGUUUUACUAUUACCUCUAUAGACUGUAAGUUACCAGAAUUUCAUAUGUAGAGAUAUUUUGUCAAUUGAAAUGUAUUUUUUUUUUCAUUAUUAUUGUUUGUGCUAUCAUUUAAAAAUAUUGUACAUAAAUGAAAAUUAAUGAAUAGUCUUAGGUUGGAUACUUCUGGAAAUAAGAUUUCUAACCUUAAAUGGUGAAAAAUAUUUUCUUUUAUUAUAAUUAUUUGUGUUGUCAUUUAAAAAUGUUGUACAGAAAUGGGUAUACAUGAACAGUCUUAUGUUGGAUACUGCGGGAAAUCAGGUUUCUUUAAUUUUUAAUGGUGAGGAGUUAGUUUAUGUAUGAAAUAAAUUGAAAAUAUAUAAACUGCUAUUGUAAAGGUGUGAGUGUGUAUGUAUGGAAAGAAUUUCUUUAAAAAAAAGAAAUUUGAUUUUAAGGACUGUUACAGAUUUGAAUUUUUGAAGGGAUCAAAUUACAUUGUUAAAUUUAUAGUAAAUUUAAUAGUACAUGUAGUAAUAGAUAUGGAGUGUUAACUGUUGUAUACUGGACCUCAAGCAGAAACAUUUCGGGUUUUGGUCGCACUUCCCUGCUUCCAUCCCUUCCUUUCAUAUAUAUUUAUAUCUGUAAUAAUUCUUAGCAUGUGCAAACCUCAGAUUUACAUAAUUUGUUUUUCAAAGUUUUUUUUGCCAAUAACAAUAAAUUUAUUUUAAUUAUUGAACAGAUCAUAGUUUGAAUGUUUCAGCUUAUGAAAAAGUUUUUGUGUAUCUUGAUAUGGCGAUAAAGAUAAUUUUUCUCGAAAGAGUCCAUUUCAGUUUAUUCCAAGUUUAUUUGUAAAGUAGGUCAAAUUACAUCGUAAUAGUAAGAUAUGUAUUAAAUUCUAGCAAUAUAAACUGCAUGCAAACAGAAUUAAGUGAGGAAACAGUUUGGAAAUAAAUAUUUAAAGGGAUAUUCUGCACAAGUUAGGAUUCCAUAAGAUGCUUUUGAGGAAAAUUAUACAAAGUUGUCUACUUUUUUAUGGAAAUUGUACACCUCUGUGUACCAUUUAAAUCAACAUAGGAUGUAUAAUUUGCAGAAAUUAUUUGUAGACCUAGCUAUAUCAAUUUACAAAUGUUCACACAGCCCAGAUUGCGUCAUAACAGGUUUGCAUUGUUAUUAGCCAACAGAAUUAAAUAUUUGUGUUAAUUAUGAAAACUAUAGAAAGUAAUCCUCAUGAAGUAAUGAAAUUGCAACCUCAGCAGAAAUUUUAGUGAAAGGAUACACGCUUGUGUAUUUACCAAAUACUCUGCACAAUAUUUAUGAUCAAGUGAUCGUUCAGGUUUGGAUCUCCUGAUACACUAUAUUAAGACGGUUUUUUGUUGACUGGGGACUAUUCCCGCCUGUCCAAACUGACCAAACUUAAGGUGGAAUAUCCCAGAAAUAUUUUAAAAAAAAAAAAAAAAAAAGAAGAAAGAAAAAAAAAUUAAUAGUCUUUACUUAAAUGUGUAUUGGUUAUGGCUACAUCGGUAAAACAUCUAUUUGUCCCCAGGACUCCCAAAAUUAAUCACCUAUCCUUGCUUAGGUUUCCUGCCUCUUAGACCUAUUCAAACUAUCAGUUACAUCUUAUGUGUGGUACUCACCAACAAAACCUGACAUCCUGGUUUGAGAUAGAUGUUUUACUGGAAUAGCCCUUACAAUUACCAGUCUUUUAAAGCUCAAAAUACAAAAAUUAGAUCCUCUUUCAAAGUGUGUAAUGUUUUGUGUUGUUCUUAAUGAUGUUUAGAUUUCUCAAGUGAACUUUUCUUUUUGAUCUCAAAGCUCAAAGAGAUGUAAAGGUUAAAUGUCAGGACUUGUUGUGAAAUCCUGUCUUUGUAAAAUACAACUCGGGAACAUUUUUGAAAGAAUUCAAUUUCUGUUUUUGAAUUCAAGUUCAAAACAAAAGAGUUUCUAACUACUGAAUACCCCAUAAGCUGUAUUAUAUUGAAUUUAAAUUCAAAGCAAAAUUCUACAUCAGAACAAAAUAAUGAUUUUUAAAUACUGCAGACAUUUUAUAACUUAUUCCCCAACACAUACAAGCAAUACCUGAAUUUAGUCCAAAAUAUGAUUUAGGGUGAAUUUUGAAGGUAAGUAUGUUGGCCACAAUGAAAAUUCAGAAAUAGCAAAUUAGUGGGCAAUAUAAAUAAAUUUCAUUCAUUUGAUAAAGUUUGAGAGCAUCUAAAAAAUCAUUCAGGAUACUGAAACUUCAUAAUAUAUAUCAUUCUUUUGGUAUUUUUCUUGGUACCGUGGUAAAUAUAGCCUAGUUGUCACAUUCAUCCCCAUUGCUAUGAAAACAAAUGAAUAACUAAAUUUACAUUUUUGUCCAGUUUUGAGUGGCAUUCAGAUAUCCCCCUCCCCUUACUUCUACUUAUUACAAACAGUCCCCUUCAGAUUCGUGUUAUUUUCAGCUUCUUCCUGGCUGUGAAGUGGAAGUGACUAUCGAGCAAUGUUUACAAAUUCAAGGGAAAUCAUGUAUCAUUUAUGUCAGCAUUUAAUGUUUUUACCAAUAGAAAAAAAGUUGUUCAUAACUGUUUAUCAAUGUUUAUUAUUUUCAUAUCCCUGAAAAAUUAUUUUGGAUUAUAUGGUAAGAAAAAGAUAUCUACUGAUGUUAGUUUUAGAUUCAACUCAAGAUCUGUGAACUUACAGCAUUUCAAAUAUAUUGUGAUAUCCAUCCGACAGAAUGGUAUCAACCUGGAAAUUUAUCCUUGUUUGAUGUCAGUAUGUCGGGUAGGCAUAACAAUCUAUCCAAAAACCUGAUAUUGAUAAAAAUAUAGACGAUGUUGUCAAUGGUUUUGUUUUGUCAAGGAUAGUUUGUACAGUUUACAUUUAGUAUUGUUAGUUUUGUGUACAACCUAUCAAAUAUGUAAUGUGUUGUGAAAUAACUUUUUUAAAUUGAUUCUUUUAAAUGAAUCUACAGUUCACCAAAAUAU